AUGACCAGCCAUUUAUUUUGCAAAGUCCAUCGUGUAGAGUCGGAGGAGCAGACGCCGGAGUCGUCUACUCCGGUCGCCGGAGAAACUUUGAUUCACUUCCACAGAAUGUGUCCUCCAGCAUCCUCCAUUCUUCCUGCAACUCAACUUGGUGACUCCUUAACAGAUGAAGGGAUCUGUAAGUUCUUGAUGAUGAUAAAAAAUGGAUCCUCCUCCUUACCUGACUACAUACUUCCUGAUGUGGAUCCUUUCCAAUUCUCACCUGCAAAUUACCCUGAAAACAUGUGGUACUUUUGGUCAGGGAGAAAAAGGGAAACAGAAUUUGGAUUCUGGAAGUCAAAAGGGGAAGCUUGUGAGAUAUAUUCUACCCCUUCAGUUUCUGGUUUUAGAAAGACUCUUGAGUUCUAUGAAGGGAAAUCCCCUGAUGGACAAAAGACUAAUUGGGUGAUGCAGAAGUACACAAUAACUGAAAAACUUAUCAGUAAGCCGGAUCCUAGAGCACUAUACAAGGUCUUUUUGGUAGAUGAGAGCAUCAGUGGAAGACUUUCUACUAAAAGUCAACUUCUGGAAAAGAACAUGGAUGAUGUGGCGGCGGGACCAUCGGAUCCAAAUCCAAGUGGUGAUUUCUUGGAGUUGGAUGAUCUUGCUAUUCCCUUACCACGCACCCCCGAUUCUGGUGAUGUAGGUGAUUAUGUCCCAAGAGGUGGUGAUUAUUUGGAAAUGGAUGAUCUUGCUACUCCAUUAUCACGCACUACAAGUGCUACUGAUUCAAGCUGUAUGACAAUGACAUCUGAAGAAUAUUUUGAUUCAGAAGCUUUAAUGCGUGAACUUGAAGAUGAUAAUGGAGUUCAAGAGAUUCAAGAAUCAAAAAUUCAAUUGAAUCUUUCUGUUCCUUCAAAGUUAAAAGAAGUGGUUAUAAACACAACAACUUUAGGAUCUGUUGAGAGUGACAAGGAUCAUAAACCUAGUACAACGGGCCCCACUUCUCAAAACGAGCCAGGUGGCACUUCAAAUGCCACAUCAUCAAGUAGUUCUUCUGAAGGUUCAAAAGAAGAAAAGAAAGAUCGUGUUAAUCGAACCAAAAAACGUAAGGUUAUGAAGUAUUUAUGUUUCUUGGCAUUCUAAAUAGUAAGGGGUUGGUGGUAAUUUCUAGAGAAGUUGGAGGGGGUAAAACGUAAAAUGAGGUGGUUUAUACUUUAUAAGUAUAUAUAUAUAAUUAUAUAUAUUAUGUAGAAAUUUGCAUGUGAACAAGGUAGGGGAGAGUGUUCAUGUGUGUUGUAAGGUGUAUAAAUAUUAAAUAGGGUGUCAAUUUAAAAAGAAUUAAAAACAACCAAUGAUGGGCUAUUAAGUUAUUCAUGUGAGGAUGAAUUUUGCCUUGAGAGAGUGAAUUAGAUUGGAUGAUUAUUAUUAUUGUUAUUAUUAUUAUCAUCAUCAUAUGUACAUAGAAUUAAAUUGAUGAUGUAGAGCUUGAAAUUUUAUGUAUUGUGAUGCUACAUUAUAGUUGGAGAUAAUUGGAUUACUUUAUUGGUC